AUGGAGGAAUACGAGGAAGUGUAUGAGUACGAGGAAGAGUAUGCCGACGAGGCCAUCACCCCCGAGGAUUGCUGGACAGUCAUCUCUUCAUAUUUCGACACCAAGGGCCUAGUCUCCCAACAGAUUGAUUCGUUCAACGAUUUCCAGGAAACGACGAUUCAGGAGCUUAUUGACGAGUACUCGACAAUUAGUCUUGAUCAGAACAAUCCUUCCGAUUCGACACCGGAACGCAACAUUGUUCUUCGCCGAUAUGAGCUGAAGUUGGGCCACAUCACUGUAUCCAGACCUAUCAUCACUGAGGGUGAUGGCUUGUCCACCCCCCUCCUUCCCUACGAAUGCCGCGACCGAAACCUCACAUAUUCGAGUCCCCUGUACGUUAAGAUUGACUACAAGCGAUCAGUAUGCGUCGAGCAGCCCGUCCCGUUGCAUGAAAUGGACGAUGAUCAGCAGGCAGAAUAUGCGAGGACCCAGGAACAACCCACGCGUCUGGUUUGGGAGGAAGAGAUUGUGUCUCAACCCGUCGACGAUAGAAGAAAUAACGAUAGGAACAAGGACAACCCAGAUAUGGUCUUCAUUGGCAAGAUUCCUGUCAUGGUCAAGUCCAGGGCUUGCCAUCUGAGUCGCGAGACUGAAGACGACCUGUUCGUGCUGAAUGAGUGUCCCUACGACCAAGGUGGUUACUUCAUUAUCAAUGGAAGUGAGAAGGUCCUCAUCGCCCAGGAGCGUUCUGCAGCAAACAUCGUUCAGGUCUUCAAGAAAGCCCAACCCAGUCCAUUCUCCUACACAGCUGAGAUUCGAAGCGCUUUGGAGAAGGGCUCCCGUCUCAUUUCAUCACUGAUGCUUAAGCUUUACACUAAGGGAGACUCAUCGCGAGGAGGCUACGGCCAGACCAUCCACACGACCUUGCCAUACGUCAAGUCUGACUUGCCUAUUGCCAUCGUCUUCCGAGCACUUGGCGUUGUGUCCGACGAGGACAUUCUCAACCAGAUUUGCUACGACCGCAAUGACAGUCAGAUGCUUGAGAUGCUCCGACCGUGUAUCGAGGAAGCGUUCUGCAUUCAAGAUCGCGAGGUGGCUCUUGAUUACAUCGGUAAGCGUGGCAACCAGACGACAGGUAUGACUCGAGACCGCCGUGUGAGGGCUGCCAGGGACAUCCUCCAGAAGGAAAUGUUGCCACACAUCUCUCAAGGCGAGGGUUGCGAGACCCGAAAGGCUUUCUUUUUGGGUUAUAUGGUCCACAAGCUUCUGCAGUGUGCACUAGGUCGACGUGACACCGAUGACCGUGACCACUUUGGCAAAAAGCGUCUCGAUCUUGCUGGCCCGCUGCUGGCGAAGCUCUUCCGCAACAUUGUCCGUCGCCUCACUCAGGAGAUUACUAUGACUUUGAAGCGUUGUGUUGAGCAGGAUAAAGAUUUCCAAGUGCAAUUCGGCAUCAAGGCGGGCAUCGUCACCAACGGUCUUAAAUACUCCCUUGCCACCGGAAACUGGGGUGAUCAAAAGAAGGCCAUGAGCUCCACAGCCGGUGUUUCCCAGGUGCUGAACAGAUACACAUUCUCCUCGACCCUUUCACAUUUGCGACGAACAAACACUCCUGUCGGCCGAGACGGAAAGCUCGCCAAGCCACGGCAGCUUCACAACACGCACUGGGGUCUUGUCUGUCCUGCAGAGACGCCGGAGGGUCAAGCUUGUGGUCUGGUGAAGAAUUUGUCCUUAAUGUGCUCUAUCAGCGUGGGGACGUCUACUGAACCUAUUAUCGAUUAUAUGAUCACCCGAAACAUGGAAGUCCUGGAGGAGUACGAUGCAACGCGCUACCCCAAUGCCACCAAGAUAUUCCUCAAUGGUUCGUGGAUUGGUGUCCACCAGGAUCCCAAGUCACUUGUGAAGGAUGUCCAGCAACUUCGCCGCACCAACCAGAUUCCUGCUGAGGUUUCUCUGGUCCGAGAUAUUCGUGAUCGAGAGUUCAAGAUCUUCUCGGACGCAGGCAGAGUCAUGCGUCCAUUGUUUGUUGUCGACCAAGGAGACGAGGACGAGGAGAACAGGGGAAAGCUGAUUCUGACCAAAGAGAAGGUCGUUAGACUAGAGCAAGAUGCCUACGUUGAGGCCGAAAGCGGUGAGUUCUACGGCUGGAAUGGCCUGGUGAACGAUGGUGUCAUCGAGUAUCUUGAUGCCGAAGAAGAGGAGACUGCAAUGAUCUGCAUGACACCUGAGGACCUCGAAAUCUACCGACGGGUCAAGAAAGGUGGUUCUCAGGUGCAAGAUUUCGGAGACGACUUGAACCAACGUGUCAAGACGAAGAUCAACCCAACGACGCAUGCAUAUACUCACUGCGAGAUCCACCCAAGUAUGAUUCUUGGUAUUUGUGCCAGCAUCAUUCCUUUUCCCGAUCAUAACCAGUCCCCUCGUAACACUUACCAAUCUGCCAUGGGCAAGCAAGCCAUGGGUUUCUUCCUUACCAAUUACUCUCGUCGCAUGGAUACCAUGGCCAACAUCCUUUAUUACCCUCAGAAGCCUCUGGGCACCACCCGCUCCAUGGAAUUCUUGAAGUUUCGAGAGCUUCCUGCCGGGCAGAACGCCAUCGUUGCCAUCGCCUGCUACUCGGGAUACAACCAAGAAGAUUCGGUUAUCAUGAACCAGAGUAGUAUUGAUCGAGGUCUCUUCCGAAGCUUGUUUUUCCGAUCAUACAGCGAUUGCGAGAAACGUGUUGGUAUCAACACAAUUGAGCAGUUCGAGAAGCCUUUCCGCAGUGACACGCUAAGACUGAAGCAAGGCACGUACGACAAGCUCGAUGAUGACGGUAUCAUUGCUCCUGGCAUAAGAGUCUCGGGUGAGGACAUCAUCAUUGGCAAGACGUCGCCCAUCAACCCUGAAAACGAGGAGAUGGGACAGCGGACUAAGGCGCAUGUUAAGCGGGAUGCAUCGACUCCCCUGCGCAGUACUGAGAGUGGAAUUAUCGACUCCGUGGUGAUGACAACCAAUGCCGAUGGCCUACGCUAUGUCAAGGUACGAGUACGAACGACCAAAAUCCCCCAGAUUGGUGACAAGUUCGCAUCUCGUCACGGACAAAAGGGAACCAUUGGUGUCACUUACCGUACGGAAGACAUGCCGUUCACCCGUGAAGGCUUGGUACCUGACAUUAUCAUCAACCCUCACGCCAUUCCGUCUCGUAUGACCAUUGCUCAUUUAAUUGAGUGUCUGCUGUCCAAGGUUGCAACACUGAAGGGCAUGGAGGGCGACGCUACACCAUUCACCGAUGUUACCGUCGACUCUGUUUCGAACCUAUUGCGUGAGCAUGGGUACCAGUCCCGUGGUUUCGAGAUCAUGUAUCACGGCCACACUGGACGAAAGAUGCGAGCCCAGGUCUUCUUUGGACCCACCUACUACCAGCGUCUGCGUCACAUGGUCGACGACAAGAUCCACGCCAGAGCCCGUGGUCCGGUACAGAUAAUGACACGCCAGCCUGUCGAGGGUCGUGCCAGAGAUGGUGGCUUGCGUUUCGGAGAAAUGGAGCGUGAUUGCAUGAUCGCUCACGGUGCCGCGGCAUUCUUGAAGGAGCGUUUGUUCGAGGUGUCGGACGCAUUCAGAGUCCACGUCUGCGAGAUCUGUGGUCUUAUGACUCCUAUUGCUCACCUCGCCAACCAGACCUUCGAAUGCCGACCUUGCAAGAACAAGACGAAGAUCGCACAGAUCCAGAUUCCAUAUGCUGCAAAGCUUCUAUUCCAGGAGCUCCAAAGCAUGAAUAUUGCCAGCAGGAUGUUCACGGAUCGAUCUGGCGUGUCUCUUCGUUAG